CAUAGUUAGAGUUGAUAUAUGUAUAUAUAUAGUGAUACGCUUGCUGUAUUCCAGAUGAGCAGCCGAAUUCUGUUUUCAGGCGUGAUUAAUGCUGUUCGUUAAUAUAUAUGUUGUGCUUUAUACUGCAGCGCGUUCGAUUUACUGUUACGAGUGCGAUUCGUGGACGGAUGCACGUUGCAAGGAUCCGUUCAACUAUACGGCGCUGCCGCAUGAUCAGCCGCCUUUGAUGACCUGCAAUGGCUGCUGUGUGAAGAUGGUGCGACAUCAGCGAUCACCCUACGAGGUGGUGCGACGCAUGUGUACGUCACAAUUACAAAUCAAUUUAUUCAAGGUCGAUCACGUGUGCAUGAUGGAAAGUUCAGGCAAUGGACAUAUGUGCUUUUGUGAGGAAGAUAUGUGCAAUUCUAGUAAAAGUUUAUACUCAUUCGCUAACGGUUAUCAACAAAUCAUACUAAUCAUCACAAUGCCAUGGCUAAUACUGCUCCAACAGUUUGUGCACAGCUAG